UCAAAUGAUUAGUUAAUCAAAUGAUUAGUUAAUCAAUGAUUAGUUAAUCAAAUGAUUAGUUAAUCAAAUGCAUUUGGUCAGCAGUACCUGGCUGUUAGUUACCCCCUUACUUCAUAAUGGAAGGGUGGACUUAGUUUCCACACACUGCUUCUGCGUUUCAGCUUAGUCUUUGUUAAAUCAAUGACAUGUCGUAAUAUGUCACAGGAUGCUGUUCUGAACUGUCUUGAACUGAAAGAGGGUGCACUUUCUUUGUACGAUGACUGUACAUAUUUAUUCGGCUAAUACCUUUGACCUGCUCUCAAUGGGCAAAUGUAUAAAAAAGUAGGCAGUAGAAAACAAAUGUUUAAGUUUUCCUUUUAAAUAGUUAGUGCAUUUAUGUAUACGAUAAAUUAUGCUUUUUUUAUUUUAAGUGUAAACGUUUGAAAUGUGAGUAGAAGGACAGACAGUUGGCAUGUUUAGCUUACGUGUAUAGGCUUGACAGAUGCAUAUUUGUCUCUCUUAUCUGAUUUUCUUUGAUUAAAUUACUCUGUCCUGUUGUUAAGUUAAUGACCUUGAGCAUCUAAUCUAAGCCUGAAUUAUGUGCCGAUGCUUUUGUCAUGCUGACAUACUGUUUUCUGCCUAACCUCAGCCACAGUUGCUUUCUUUUUUGACACUUGAAUUGUUUACAAAAAGACCGUUUUGUUUUGCUUAUAUUUAAUAAAGCUAUCAAAAAAGAUGUCUCUGAGUGCCGUAAAUGUAGCAGCGUACAUGGCUGAAGCUACGCCAAAUGAAGCACAGAUACAACCCUGUGGAAACCUACAAUUAGAAAAGGCGAGGAAGGUCUCGGAAAAACAAGAGGACAAUCUCAACGUGCACAUUAUGUUCCACUUGGGAAUCUGUAAUUUUGACCUGCGUCCACACAGAAAUCACUGGUAACUAUUUUAAGGUAAUUACCGAAAUGCCAGAUCUGUGAUAUCUGCUCUGUGAUGAUAUAGGCUGUCUUCUCUUUUAACAGUUCAAACCCCUGAUCUGCAAAAGAAAAAAAAAAACACUGCCAGAGCUUUCUGAUUGGCCGGGAUGAAGCCGCUGGCACCAUCACCUCGCAGGACUGCAGAAGAAGCUUGUUCAUCAUAAAACAGCUGACAAACAAAAGGACUUCUUGGUCAGUUCGGAUGGAGAAGAUGAUCAAGAACAGAGGGACAGUCGAUCACGUAGGGAGCAUGGGAAAGCACCCCUGCCUGUCUCUUUGGAGGAGCAGAUAAUACACAGAAAGAAGAAUGUGAGUCAUGCUUUGGUGCAGAUGUGGUGUCCUGCUGGCUCUCUGCAUCUGUCCUCUAGCCUGCCUUGCAGUGUCUCCCUGUCCUACUGGGUGCUGCUGCCCAGGAUUUCUGGUUCUGUGUGAGUCACUAGGCCUGAGGUCACUCCCUCGCUCGGUUCCUCUCAGUACCUCGGCUCUAUCUGUGGCCAGAAACCAGCUCUGUAAUGUGGACCACCAGCUCUGGCCCUUCUCUGGCCUCCAGGAGCUCAGACUCAGUCACAAUCUGCUAGCCCGCUUCCCUCGUGGCCUGCCUCCCAGCCUGGAGUCCCUGCAGCUGCAAGAAAACCGCAUUACUUACAUCACCUCAGGUGUCCUGAGGCAGCUGGGAAACCUCACUCACCUGGACUUAGAGGACAACCGUAUUCGUGCCAUCCAGCCCGGGGCACUUCAGGGUCUCCAUAAGCUGCAGGUCCUGACGCUGAAGGGGAACAGGCUUACCAGUCUCCCCAUGAGUCUUCCACCAUCACUGACCCACUUAGAUCUUUCAGAAAACUGCAUCUCUGCCUUGGACCUGCCCUCACUGUCUGCCCUGGUCAACCUGCAGGUCCUGAAGAUCAACAGCAACUGCCUGCGGUCAGUCCCAGAGAGCGCCUUUGACAGCCUGCCACGUCUCAGAUCUGUGGACCUCACCAACAACCUGUGGGUGUGCGAGUGUGACAUUCUGUAUCUGUACCGCUGGCUGCUGAGCGGUAGGCUUAAGAUGGCCACAGACAUUGUGUGCACAGAGCCUGAUCAUCUCGCCCACCGUCUGCUUCUGAAUCUCUCUGUCGUGGCCAUCUGUCCUCGUGUCCUGAAGCCAAAUGACAGGACACACGAACGUGACCUCAGCUCUGCACAGGCGAGGAUGCUAACAGCGCAGCCAGCAGAGAAAAUAUCAAAACUAACCACUAAUGGACUGCUUUCUGAAGCUCUAAACAGUAAUCAAGACUCUUCCAAGACGCGUGUCUUGCACUACUCUUUAGAGACUCUUACCUAUGAGGAGUGUUUAUCCCUAAAUAACAGUCAGUCAGUCAGCCCCUUCCAUUUAAAGACUACUACUUCUCUCCCUGAGGAGGAACAGAGGUGCAGAGACAACAUUACAGCUCGAUACCCUCAGAGUAACGUAACCCUUGCUGAGGGGACACAGUUCUUGCUUUCCACACAUAGAGAUGCACUCGUGCCCACUCUCGUCCCACAGCUGUUCACUCAGCAGGCCUCUGCAGCGAUAGUCUCUCUGCUCGUUGUGCUGUGUGUGUUAGUGGCUCUCGUAAUGCUGGCAGUGCUGCUCGUGCUGAAAAAGGUGCUUGUGCGUCAGCAGAGGGUGGCUCCUGCUGAUUCAGGAUCAGCAGGAUGA